AUGGACCCACACCAGCAGGUUGCCAGCUUACGGAAUGGGAGUACAUUACAGGUUUCUGAGCGCGAGAAAACCUCUCAGUACGUGAACCAGGUUCAAAGGCGGGAGGACAGGCCCACGGAAGGGAGACGGUAUGCCUGUAGUGAAUGCGGGAAGAAGUUUGCCCAGAGCUCAGGCCUCGUUCGACAUCGGAGAACCCACACUGGCGAGAAGCCCUACGAGUGUGGUCACUGCGGAAAAGCCUUCAGCGUGCGCUCCACGCUCACUGUGCAUGAGAGAAUCCACACUGGCGAGAAGCCCUAUACCUGUAAUGAGUGUAGGAAAGGCUUCAGUGUGAGGGCACACCUGAUCAUACAUCAGAGAAUCCACAAUGGGGAGAAACCGUAUGAAUGUAAUGAGUGUGGCAAAGCAUUCAGUGUGAGCUCAGACCUUAUCAAACAUCAGAGAAUCCACUCUGGUGAAAAGCCCUAUGAGUGUGAUGAGUGUGGGAAAGCCUUCAGCGUGAGCUCCGCCCUCAUCAAACAUCAGAGAAUCCACACAGGAGAGAAGCCGUACGAGUGCAAGGAGUGUGGGAAGGCCUUCUAUGUGAACUCCGCCCUAAUUAACCACCAGAGGAUUCACUCUGGAGAAAAGCCGUAUGCGUGUGGAGAAUGCAGGAAAGCCUUCAGCCAGAUCUCAACCCUAAUUCACCACCAGAGAAUCCAUACUGGAGAGAAACCGUACGAGUGUGACGCAUGUGGGAAAGCUUUCCGUGGGAGUUCUAAUCUUACUAAGCACCAGAAAAUACACGCCAAAGGAAAGCGUCAUCAUUGA